AUGAGCCAUGUCACGCAUGGUCAAUCUGAAGGAGAUCUCGUCAAGAUGACCUUAUGCGAUCCUUACCUAGCGUCGAAUCGCGAGAAUCUCGAGGCAGAAGAGGAAGACUAUUUGCACGAACCCGCACAGACACGAACAGACCUGAAGCAAAUAUACAAGUCUUACAAAGAAGACAACGUAGAACUUCAAGCUCUAAGUAAGAAAGAUGUUGUCGACCGGAUUGUGGAUGGAGAUUGGCGACGAGGUCUAUCGCACGAACAGUUCGCACAAAUUGACUUUGCGGUGUUGGAAGAGAAAGACACGAGCAUACGAUGGUCAGCGCUUAAGCUUGUUCCCUUGAUCGACGACAACGAUAAUGGGUCGACCAAGAGGAGGAAGGUCAGCCAUGAUCGAAGCACGUCGAUCCAACCACGCUAUCCAGAUAUGAACGCUGCCAUUUUCGUACAAAAUCUCAAGCAACAUAUAGCCCCUCUUGUGAAAGCCUGCUAUCACAUACAUCGCAUACCGUCGCUGAAUCUAUCGAUAGUAAGACUAUAUGUCAGCCCCAACGCACCUUUCCGCCCGCUAAGCAUCAAUGUACCACGAAAUCAGAAGCAUCCUACUGAUCUGGCACGGACCAUGUACAUUGCCCUACCAGACAGUUGUCCCUAUGUCUACGUCUCGAUCUCGGCAUCCACGGCCCCGAGACUGAAGGACAAGCACGAGAAAGCGCCAAUCAAGGUUGACAUUCUUGCAACGAAAAGAAUUGUGCUCGAGGCUAUUCCCAAAGCACUUUCACGACCACAGCGAAGAUGGAGUCUUGAGACGACGAAGCUGACAGCAAAGAGUUUACGUGCUAUGACGCUGUUGCGAGGUAGUGGUCUAGUCGGAAGUUGUGGUGGCCCUCUAUCGCAAUUCACACAGCCAGAAGCCUGCUCGCAAGGCAACUCCAAGAUCUUACCGACCUUCGAGGAAGGCGGGACAAUGCAGAGUACCGACCAACAACAAGCAGAGCGCGACAGAAAUGUGGACAGACGAUUUGGGCAUACGGAGGGUCCCAACCACGCAAAACUAGAUAAGCUACAAUUAAGGAUUAUCGACCUGUCUGCCUCACACAGAGGAAAGACGAAAAAACGAAAGAUGUGCAGCGACGAGGUUGCUGAUACUGAGCGCGCACCACUGACGAUCACUUUUACUGGCUCUGAUGUAUUUGCUGGGCUCAAAGAGUUCGCCAUGAAGUACCCUGACUUUGUGGACAUGGACAAAUUGCCUGGUGUGAUGACUGGAGAGACAGCUACGGCAAUGGCAGCGAUAUGA